AUGAGGCCUGCGACUCCCGAGGUUACGUCUGAGACAGUCAUUGCACUGCGGCAACAGCUGAACGCGCUGGCGCGCAGCCACGAGAACCUUCUCAACGAGCUUCGCGAAAGGGACAAUAGGCUCCAGGAAGUGUUCUUCAAGUUCGAAUCCCAGCUACUGCAUAUGGCGGAAAAGCUUAAUGAAUGCGGCGAGGAAAGCGCGGGCGCCUGCAUCAUGAUCAAAGCCAUCGUCAAGGAGGUGGAGGAGAUCGGGGCGAACUGCGAAGGCUGGGAGUUGGUGGAUAAUGCCUGA